UUGAGGCGGAGUGACGUUGGUAAACGGCUAAUCAGCUGAUUCCGAGUAAAUGAACCAAAAUAACUGGAUUUUUUCUCUCGGAAGAUUUUUAACUCUGGCUGCCACUUCCUAACAUUCAGAUCAGACCUCUCUGAUAUGCUUGGUUCAGACCGACAUCAUGGACAAAAUUUUGGAGGGCCUCAUCAGCUCCGAUCACUCUGUCCCAGUGAAGAGGGCCAUAGUGAAGAAGGUAAUGGAAGCCGCAGAAAAAGAAGUGACCGAGGAACAGUGUCGGGCAAUGUUCAUGCUCACCACCCGCCUCAUCUUGCUUGGUGAAGAUGCUUUCCAGAAGAAGAUUGGCUCGCAGGUUCUUGAAGCCUAUGCGCGCUAUCACCGGUCAGAGUUUGAGCAUUUCUUCAACAAAGACUUUGUCCUCAGUCUGCUUCAGCAGGGAUACGGGCAGCUAGACCACAGAGACCUAGCCAUCAUAGACUACAUCCACUGCUGCCUGCGGCUAUUGAUCAGCUGCCCUUCUGUGCUGGAGAUCUUCAGUGUGAUUCAGGUGGAAGUUUUAAGGAUGGUUUGCGAACACCCUGAGCCUGCUCUUGGUGCCCAUCUGAGCACUUUGCUGUCAGACUUUAUGCAGUGCAUCCCGAGGGAUAAGUCAGGAAUUUUGUUCUGCCAGCAGCUGGUGAGGACCAUCAGUUACUUUAACUGCUGUGCCACCCAAGAGCAGGAGCUGAGAGAGUAUGUACACCAGGUGACUAAAGUUUGCACGCUGCUGCAGAACAUCUGGAAGGCUGACCAAGCCACACUGUUGCCCUCGCUGCAGGAGGUAUUUGCUAUUAUCUCCUCCACAGAUCCUUCCUUUGACCCAUCCAUUGCACUCGCCAACCUGGUCCAGCACAUCCCCAUCCAGAUGAUCACAGUGCUUAUCAAGAGUCUCACCACUGAUCAGAAUGUCAAAGAUGCAAAUAUGACUAAAGCACUCUGCAGGAUGAUUGACUGGCUGUCAUGGCCUUUGGCCCAACAUGUUGAUACCUGGGUCAUCGCUCUGCUGAAAGGACUGGCUGCAGUUCAGAAGUUCACUAUCCUCAUAGAUGUCACUCUACUCAAGAUUGAACUGGUAUUCAGUCGUCUGCGGUAUCCUAUCGUGCGGCAGGGGGCGCUGGCCGUGCUUUCCCAUAUGCUGCUGAGUUUCCAGCACUCUCCUGAGGCCUUCCAUUUGGUUGUUCCACAUGUCGUGCCUCUAGUUCAGUCCCUAAAUGCAGAUGGUCUCCCCACCAGUAAGGCUUUCUUACUGCAGUUCACCGAGCUCAUACACUGCAUGAUGUACCAGUACUCCGGCUUUCCUGACCUCUAUGACCACAUAGUAGAAGCCAUCAAGGAUCUUCCAAAACCCCCAGAAGAGAAGAUCAAGUUGGUGUUGAAUCAAAGUGCCUGGACAUCUCAGUCCAACUCAUUUGCCUCUGGUUUACUAAAACAAACUGGGAAAUCGGAGACAGGCAAGACGGGGCUGAUCAACCUAGGGAACACUUGUUUUAUGAACAGCAUCAUCCAGACCCUGUUUAUGGCCACAGAUUUCAGGAGGCAUGUUUUAUCCUUGCAUCUAAACGGCUCCAACACACUAAUGAAAAAGCUCCAGCUCCUCUUCGCCUUCCUCGCUCACACACAGAGGGCAGCAUAUGCUCCCAGAAACUUCUUGGACGUAUCUCGGCCUCCCUGGUUCAACGCGGGUUCACAACAGGACUGUUCUGAGUACCUCCGAUUUAUUUUAGACAGGUUACAUGAAGAGGAGAAGACGAUUCAAAUCCUGGAAUCGGCUAAGCCAAAAGAUGCCGCCAAAGUUGACGGUGAAGACCCAACAAAUCCCACAUCUUCCAAGGAUCAAGGGGAGACACAUUUGACAGGAGCAGAAACUAAACCAGCAAAUGACAGGAGGACUUUAAUUGAAAAUAUGUUCGGUGGAAAGCUGGUCACAGGCAUUCGCUGUAUGUUGUGCAAUUGCAUCUCGGAGAAAGAAGAGCCUUUUACAGACCUCUCUUUGGCCUUUUGCCCGUCUGUCUCCUCUCAGGACAGUCCCAAACAACUGGGGCCCUCAGAGGAGCCAAAGGUCCUCUGUCAGGGAUCUGUCAAUGGUGGGAGUGAAGCUCCCGAGCCAGGCUCAAGCACCACUCUGAACACCAAUGUCCAUUGUGAGCAAGAAACAAAUGAGCCUCCUCGCUCUGUGCCUGACCUGGUGAACUAUUUCCUGGCUCCAGAGAUCCUCGAUGAAGACAAUGCCUACUUCUGCGAGAAAUGUAGCUCCCUCCAGCGGGCAGAGAGGACCAUGAAAGUAGUGUCCGCACCCGAGUACUUGAUCCUCACCCUGCUGCGAUUCUCAUAUGAUGCCAAAUGCCACAUCCGAAGGAAGAUUCUCGACAACGUCACCAUCCCACGAGCCUUGAGAUUUCCAGUUCAUGCGCCGUCGUUGCCCGGACAGCGCUCUUCCGCUGCGUCCUCUCCUUUGCAAGUGGAUUCUCCCGAGAGCAGCGAAAAUCUGGCGAAGAAACUCAAACCAUCUCAACGAGAUGAGGAGGAAGAGAAAAAGACGAGAAUGGAUGGAGCAGGGGAGACGAACGAAGCAGGAGAGAUGUCAGUUCAGUCGGUGCCCUAUGUCCUCGUCUCAGUGGUGAUGCAUUCUGGCCUAUCAUCAGAGAGCGGCCACUACUACUCUUACGGUCGUAACAUCAAUGGGUCAGACGGAGCACAGUACGCAGCUCAUCACUCACCCCUCCAGGACAGCUUGGGGAGUGGCCAGGCCACUUGCAGCCUUUGCACCUGUUCCGCUGUCCCAUCACCACCGGAACAAAGCGACACGCUACCUAAUAGUGCCCAAGAGGGGAAGGACUGGCUGCUGUUCAAUGACAGCAGAGUGACAUUCACAUCUUUCCAAUCAGUGCAAAACAUUACUAAUCGCUUCCCUAAGGACACGGCUUAUGUUCUUAUGUACAGGAAACAAGAGUUACCAGGGCAGAACUCGAACGGGGAACCACUGGCAAAUGGAAUGAGACCAAAUGCUGAACCUCCUCUGCAGAAAGAGCUGCUGGAUGCUAUUAUCAAGGACAAUAAGCUUUAUUUACAGGAACAGGAGCUUAAUGCUCGGACCCAGGCUCUUCAGGCUCCUUCGUCCUCCUGCUCAUUCAGGCCCAACGGUUCGGAUGACAAUAACCCGCCUGGGAGCUGUGGCCCAUCUGGUGGUGGUGGAGGAGGAGGAGGAGGCUUCAACACCAUUAGCAGACUGGUCUUCUGAAAGGAAAAGAAAUGCAGCAGAAAACCCACAUGGACUGCUGUAGAGCUGACUGGACUGUCAUCCCAUGUAUAGUGUGUUAUCUCAAAAAAAGAUUUUUAAAAAAGCACUGACAUAAUCUAAGAACAUACACUGAGUAUCCAUAUUGGCUCUGAUCUUUGAUUUGAUUUUAAUAGCUUUGAAAAGUUUGGUUGUUUUCCUCUCUUUAUUUUUGUCAUCAUUGAAUCAUUAUUUAUUGUUUUUGUGAUUUCAGCAUUGUAACACCUUCGGUUUCCUCAAAUGAAAGGAAUAACCGCAACAUAUGAUUUACCGGUAACUUGAGUCUUCUAAAACAUUUACGGUAAUAAAUAUCCAAAAUGGUUUUGUCUAGAA